AUGACGCUUGGAACGUCAUGGGGACAACAAUCACCCUAUCAAGGAUUCCAGGCGUCGUGGCCGGUGACUCCGGGAAUGCAACAGGUGGGAAAUGCAACAAAUAAUACUGUUGCAAGAAAUGUGAAAGAGACGAAUCAAUUCCAGUUGCAAAAUGCUGCAUUUCCACAGCAAGUUUUACCAAUGCAACAUCAACAAGGAUCAGCAGUGGUUCUAUCACAACUGAGUGGACAAGAACGUGUGUCUAGAGUAACACACAACCCACAUCACCAACGUUUAUGGGGCCAAGGAGGUGGUCGUCACCGGGUUGAUCUUGGUAACGAUGUUCGACAAGAACCGAUGCAGAAGCGAACGAUAAUCAGCAACAGAAUUUUGAGACAGGUGGUGAUCAGACUUUAA